CCAGCUGUUGUUGGAAUGCAAGCAGUGCUGGCGUUAUUUGUGUAUCUGUGGCCAAGUGUAACACCGGACAUUGCUUGAAGGUUUCAAAGUGAAACUCAGCCCUGUGGCCACAAGCAAAGUGCAAAUUAGUGAGAGGUUAAAUGCUGAUAUUUCUGGGUAGGUGUAAAAGUAGUACAACAUUGCUUCUCCCUUCCUUCUUCCCUCACUCUUUAGGCUAAUGGGUGUUUAGGCAAAAAAGUGAGUUCUGUUGUCUCACUGGCAACAACCAUGUGAUCCUUCAGACACCAAGGUACCCACACAGUGGGUGUGGGGUCAGUGAGUGAAGUCAGCUGGGCUCUGCCCCCCCCACCCCAGGGGUUGUGUGCGUCAGUAAGGAGGAGGAAAGUAUAGGCUCUUUUGCCUUCCCUUUUUCUCCUGGCAUUUAAGUUACCUAUUAAACUGUGACUGCCCCCAUCUCCAAAGCCUCAUGAGGAAGUCCUCUUGUUGGCCACCACAUCAGAACCUUGAGAGAAGAGCAUCCAAGGAUGCCCAGAGAGUGAGGCAGGGCAGGACUUGGGAAUGCUAAAACAUGACUCAGAAGGUACAUAGGAGUAACUGGUGUCUCAGGGAGCAUGAGGAUGAAGAGCUGGUCCUGCAGUCUGGCUAGAAGUUUGUCAGUGGGCUUGACAAACCAACAUGGAGGGUAAAGAUGGAUGGUGACAGCUCCACAACAGAUGCUUCUCAGUUAGGAAUUGCUGGAGAUUACAUUGGUGGCAGUCACUAUGUGAUACAGCCUCAUGAUGACACAGAAGACAGCAUGAAUGAUCAUGAAGAUACAAAUGGCUCAAAAGAGAGUUUUAGAGAACAAGAUAUAUAUCUUCCAAUUGCAAAUGUGGCAAGGAUAAUGAAAAAUGCCAUACCCCAAACAGGAAAGAUUGCUAAGGAUGCAAAAGAAUGUGUACAAGAGUGUGUAAGUGAAUUUAUCAGCUUUAUAACAUCAGAAGCAAGUGAGAGGUGUCACCAAGAGAAAAGAAAGACCAUCAAUGGAGAGGAUAUUCUCUUUGCCAUGUCUACCUUGGGGUUUGAUAGCUAUGUUGAACCCUUGAAGUUAUAUCUCCAAAAAUUCAGAGAGGCAAUGAAAGGAGAAAAGGGAAUUGGGGGAACAGUUACAACUGCAGACGGUCUAAGCGAGGAGCUCACAGAAGAAGCAUUUACUAACCAGUUGCCAGCAGGCUUAAUAACCACAGAUGGCCAACAGCAGAAUGUUAUGGUCUACACAACAUCAUAUCAACAGAUCUCUGGUGUUCAACAAAUUCAGUUCUCAUGAUUUUGAAGAAAACUUUCCAUCUGGGAACAUGAGACGGAAAACCUGUGCAACUCUAAUGAAGAGGCAGUUUUAAUGACUGGUGAAGAGAUUUAUCUCUUUGUAUAUUAAAUAGCUGUAAUGUAGCUACCAGAAGCUUGACUAAUUGAGGUGUGAGUUCUGACUCAAAUCUUUUUCAUGAUGAUUUUAAAGAAAUAAUUGGAUUUUAAAGGUAUUAAAGUAUUUUUGUUUUGUACAAGAGUUUGUUGCUCUGUAUAACUCCUGUAUGCAUUGUAUAUUGCAAUUUAUUACUGUCAGAGAUUUGUAGACAGUUUCUUAUUUUCAUAUUGAAUCGUGUUACUUUUGUAAUUCAGGUAAACAGCUGGGUUAAUUCAUGUUUACCCUUUGAAUAAAAUUGUAAGGGUAAAGUUCA